AUGGCAUCUAAAGCACUCGCAAUUAUUGCAGGCGUUGGCCCUGGCACGGGCGCAUCAAUUGCCAGGAAAUUUGCAAAGGCCUACUCGGUUGUAGUCUUGGCCCGAAACCCGGACAACUAUGAUCCUGUUGUCCAGGAAAUUAAUUCCAGCGGUGGCCAAGCCAUCGGCAUUAGCACCGAUGUCUCCAGCUCGAACAGUGUCAACGCUGCCUUUGACAAGAUUGCAGAGCAAUACCCUUCUCAUAAGGUGGCAGCCGCUGUGUUCAAUCCUGGGGGUGGCUUUGUUCGCAAGCCGUUCCUUGAGUUGACAGAAGCAGACUAUUCAACUGCACUUGCCUCUCAAGGACAAGGAGCUUUUAAUUUUGCCCAGCGUUCUAUUCCACUGCUUCUAGAAGCACGGGGAGCCUCGGAACAUCCACCCACUCUCAUCUUCACCGGCGCCACCGCCAGUCUUAAGGGCUCAGCCAACUUUGCAGCUUUUGCUUCGGGCAAGUUCGCAUUACGUGCACUAGCGCAGUCGCUUGCUCGGGAAUUCGGGCCUCAGGGUCUUCACGUUUCGCACACGAUCAUCGAUGGCAUUAUUGAUAUCCCUCGAACCAAAGCUUGGGUGUUAGAGCAUGAGGAUGCCAAGUUGAACCCGGAUGCAGUAUGUCCUUCUCCUGGCAAUUGGUGUAACUUUACUGAUGGUAUUCAGAUCGCGGAUUCAUAUUGGUAUCUGCAUACCCAACCACGGACUACCUUUGCUUUUGAGCUCGAUCUGAGACCUUACAUCGAGAAGUGGUAG